AUGGGUUCCGGAGCAUCUCCCGAUGGCUCUGAAGACGAGUCGGCUUUCUCGUCUCCCGGGGACGAUGUGUCCAUCCCGGGAAGCCCCAGGUCGUCGGCUGCUCAUGUGCAAGUGAAGGCAGAGUCCGUGGAUUCGAGCGGAGCGCGUAACCCUUCCGCCGGCGGUUUGAGCAUGCCGGUCCAGAAACGGCGGAGGGUGACGAGGGCCUGCGAUGAAUGUCGACGGAAAAAGAUCAAAUGCGACGGCAAGCAGCCUUGCACCCAUUGCUCUGUCUACAGUUAUGAAUGCACGUACGAUAAACCAUCUAACCGGCGUAGAAACCCGGCACCGCAGUAUAUCGAGGCGCUGGAAAGUCGCCUACAGCGAGCGGAGGCGCUCCUCCGCGAGGUCAGGCCAGAUGUUGACCUGAACGACCACAAUCUUGACCCGUCUAUCCAGCAGGAGUUUCGCAACAGAGAGCAAGCCAGGGCUCAGGUGGCAAGACUCAGGACCGAAACCGCCAGGCAACCCGAGAGCCAAGACGCGAAGAUCAUGUCCAUGAUCGAGGCCAUGGGCCAACUGGACCUAUCUGAAGGUGGCGAAUGGGACUUCCACGGGACCUCGUCCGGCGCCGUUUUCCUGAAACGCAUGAAAGAGCACUUUCGAGGCUUGCUAGGCAACGACUACCGCACCCCCUUUGUUGUUCGACCUCUUCGUCCGCCGGGUCUGUUCAGCCUCGACUCGCCCAGAUCGAGCUCCGGCUCGCCCUGGGACCUUUCCGCCCUGCCGAACAUCUACGAUCUUCCCCCGCGGGAGAGAGCACGCACUUUAUGCUACUAUUCUCUAAACUGUGCUACCUGCUUGCUCAGAAUCGUACAUAUCCCAUCCUUCUACGAGAUGUUCGAUAGGGUAUACGAGUUGCCGCCCGAGAAAUUCGGCACCGAAGAGAACCGGUUCCUAGGACUCCUGUACUCGGUUCUCUCUCUCGGCUGCAUGUACAACACAUCGGGGAAUGACCCGUCUAAUUCCGUCGACUACAAGACCGCCAUGGACGAAGGGUUGAAAUACUACGCUUCGGCACGAGUUCUACUCCAGGAUGUCGCUGAAUGCAGAGAUCUAACCACCCUGCAAGCGUUGCUGUUUAUGCUUCUCUUCCUCCAGGUGGCCGCUAACAUCAGCGGUUGCUAUUCUUUCGUUGGUAUUGCCCUGCGAUCCGCGAUCCGGAUGGGCCUACACCGGCACUUGAAGCAUGCAAAGAUCACUCCUAUCGAGGACGAAACGCGGCGCAGAUGUUUUUAUGUUAUCCGACAGAUGGACACAUACAUCUCCACCAUCCUUGGCUUUCCCAUGUUGCUGAACGAAGAGGACAUUGACCAGCCGUUACCUACCGAAGUCGACGACGAAUAUAUCACCAAGGACGCGAUUCUUGCACCACCGGCAGGGACACCGUCUUUUCUCCAGGCGUUCAAUGCACAUGUGAGGCUCAUGAGAAUACUUACGAAAGUGGUGAAACACAUCUACCCUCAGAAAGUGGUCCAUGAAUUCGUUGCAGACGAGGAUACCAGGAAUGCUCCCUACCUGGUCGAGUAUGGGAAGAUCCGGGAGAUCGAGGAAGACCUCCAGGACUGGUACGAACAACUUCCCACACAUUGGCGGCCUAGUCCCGAAGGGCCGAUUGAAGUGAUCCGAGUUCGGACUAUUCUGAGGUUUGGCUAUGCGCACGUCCAGAUGAUGCUCUACAGACCGUUCCUACACUACGCCUCACCACGACUCUCUGCUGGCAAGAAUAUCGAUGAGAGGUAUUACGCCUGCGCGGCAGCUGGGGUCAGUGUCUCCCGAAAUAUCGUCCACAUCGGGACCGAGCUUCGAAAACAAACUGUGCUUAUCGGGCCGUACUGGUUUAUGCUUUACACCGAGUUCUUCGCCAUCUUGUCCCUGGUGUUCUACGUACUCGAAAACCCGGACAAGUCUGGCUCUGCAGAGAUACUAGCGGAUGCAAGGGCGGGACGAGAGGUGGUCGCGAGCCUUGCUCGGAGAAGUAUGGCCGCUGAUAGAGUCACCACUACUCUGACGUCUCUCUUCGACCAGCUUCCCGACAAGCUCAAAAAGAUGAAGGGCCGCGCCAUGCCGACGAGAAAACGCUCAGCCCCGGUGCCAAAGUCGGGCAUAGCAUCAGCACAGGCUCGCCCCGGUUUGCAAGGCGCUAAGCCUCAGCGUCGAUCCGAAGAACUCAACCGACCACGGAGCGGACCGGCCGGAGAGAACCACCCGACAUCUCUCCACAGGGCAUCGCUCGACACGGCGGGAAUGCACCAGGGCCUCCAUGGCCAAAACUUCUCGGCCAACUUCCAGGACCUCUUGCCAUUGGACAUCCCCUCGACGGGCGAGAGCUCGGAAACAAGCAGCACACCGGGAACCAUGCAUGCGCAGCUACCGAAUUACCACCAGAUGCAUACUCCUAGUGCGAGCCACAAACCGCUGCACAAACUAGACGAGAUGAUGUUCCCUUCGGGCGACCCGUUUGCGUAUCCAAACCAGCAGCCUCUAACGGAUUUCACAAGCCAGGCGCAGGGCGGACAUGCCGGCCCCCCCGGGAGGAGCCAGCAGCCAGGGUCGAUGCAGUUCUACAUACCCAACCUUUACGACGACAUCGAAGGCCACCUGCUCGGGCAACCAGCACCGUACUUGGUUCAACAGGACCAACAAAGCCAACAGGGGCUCGGCCUUGCCUCGCAUAUGUAUAACCCGUCCAAUAUGGUACCCAUGCAGCAGACACCGCCAGCACAUCACCAGAACUUAACUCCGCAGCGGCAACAGCAGAGAGAGUUGGAAGACAUGUUGGCAGACCCGAAUUUCCGAGAGGAUUGGGGAGACAUGCUUGGCAACUCGGGCUAUAGGCAGCUGUAG